AUGUGCAAAAACAAAGCAGAAAAUCUCAAAUCCCUCCACUUUCUCUUCCAAAACUCCGACGCCCGACAACGAGUUUACCAUCCAAAACUCCGACAACGCCAUGACGAUGCUGACUCCUCAAUCGUUGGAUGUAAUUCCUCGCCCAUUUUUUGCACGGUCGGUGAAGAGCCACAAGCAUCACGGUUCACAUGGGCGAUUGAUAAUUUUUCUCGCUUAAAUGUCAAGAAGCUAUAUUCGGAUGUCUUUACAAUUGGUGGUUAUAAAUGGCGGGUGCUUAUUUUUCCCAAAGGAAACAAUGUGGACUAUUUGUCUAUGUAUUUAGAUGUGGAAGAUUCAGCUGCCUUGCCAUAUGGUUGGAAUAGAUAUGCACAGUUUAGCUUGGCCUUGACUAUCCGAAAGGGAAAAGGGAAAUCGGAAGAUAAGGGAAAGGGAAAGCGAAUAGAAUAG